AUGCAUUUUGCCACUUUGCAGUCGACGACAGGUCUUCUGGAGGGUGAGAAAGCAUCGGUGUGCAGCUGCUGCAAGCAUCCGUUUGAAGCCGAGACCAAAGAAGAAGAGCUGGAGCAGAACAAAAACAAUUGGAUGUCAACGCCAGCAAGAGUGCAAGUUCCAUACAACCCGGAGCAGCCUCAGUAUGUUGAGGGCAAUGAGGACUUCAACGUGUGGUAUGGCAAAUAUUUGUCGGAUCGCCGGAAUCCGCGUGACCGGGACAGGGUGCAGGCAGGACAUCGAUGUGAUCCUGAGAAAGAUUCCGGCUGGACACAGGCCGAUCACCCUGGCUCCGGCAGUCCGGGUUUUUGUUUGUUCUAUGCACGUGGCUGUUGCGGGUUUGGACACAAGUGUCGCUAUUUCCACCACGUCCCCACAGUGCUCGACAUGGCAUCCUCGGACGAGGCACAUGACAUAUUUGGCAGAGAACGGUAUUCAACUCAUCGUGAUGACAUGGGUGGUGUUGGUAGCUUCAACACCGAGUGUACCACCCUGUUCGUUGGUGAUUUGAUGUUUGACCGGGGUGCACCAGAUGCAGUUGAAAGCGUGCAGAAGGAGUUGGAAAGCAGCUUCAGACAAUGGGGCGACAUAGAGGAUGUGCGAAUAGUCCCUUCCAAGGCGAUCGCUUUCGUGAGGUACACCUGGCGCUGCAAUGCAGAGUUUGCAAAGGAAGCCAUGGCUGGUCAAAAGUUGGGGUUGUCAAAGUGUAUCGUGGUGAAUUGGGCACGUGAUGACCCCCGGCCGGAUGCCAAGAAGCGGAAAAGGACGGAACAUGCAGAACAAGUCGAGGCGGCUUUGAAGAAUCGAGCUGCCGCCCUUGGCUGGACUAAGCCCGAGAUAGACUCCAUCAGCACCAGGGGAAAGCCUGACUUCAUUGGUCCAGUCGGGCCGUAUCCUGACACCAGCCCUCAGUUCCAGUCGGGUCAUGGCCAAGCUGUGAUGGAUGGACCGGCGGGGGGACCGGACGGACCGGCGGAUGGACCUGGAGCAGCUUUGAGCCAGACGGUGCUAGCUGGGAAGUUGAAGCCGAAUCUGGGCCGCUUUGACAAUCCUCCAGAUUGGCAGGAAAUCAUCCAGCACUUCAGAGGAAGCGAGCUGCAGACGUACAUUAAGGGCCUCCUUGAAGAUCGUCUGAAGGCGAUGAUCAAGCCCCAGUACGUCGACAAGAUUGCAAAGCAGAUCGCCGGCACGGUCUCAGACAUUCUGGGCAAGAAGGAUGAGAAGAAAUCUCAGGAGAAAUUUUGUCAAGAGCUCGAGCUCAUGCACUUGCAGGAACGCGAGAUCAAAGACCUUUCCGGUGGAGAACUUCAGCGGUUUGCCAUCGCAGUUCUAUGUGUGCAAGAUGCGCAAGUGUACAUGUUCGAUGAGCCGUCUUCAUAUCUAGAUGUCCGGCAACGCAUUGCUGCGGCACAGGUCAUCCGGAGCCUGCAGACGGUGGACAACUACAUUAUUGUCGUGGAGCACGACCUGGCCGUCUUGGAUUACCUCUCCGACUUCAUCUGCUGCCUGUGGGGUUCUGCUGGGGCCUAUGGAGUCGUUACCAUGCCCUUCAGCGUUCGCGAAGGCAUCAACGUCUUCCUCGAUGGCUUCAUUCCGACGGAGAAUCUGAGAUUUCGAGAGGUUUCCCUGACCUUUAAAGUCAGUGAAGACCUGGAUCCUUCAAAGCUGGACCGCAUGCACAAUACAGAGUACCCAGACAUGUCCAAGUUGAUGGGCGACUUCAGACUAGACAUCAAGGCUGGCAACUUUGCAUCUUCAGAGAUACUCGUUCUCUUGGGCCAGAAUGGCUGUGGGAAGACCACCUUCAUCCGAAUGCUUGCGGGGUUGUUGAAUCCGGAUGACAUCAAAGAAGGUGAGGAGAUACCUAAGCUUAAUGUCUCCUACAAACCACAAACGAUCAGUGCAAAGUUCGAAGGCACUGUGAAGGACCUUUUCCUUAUGAAGAUUCGGGAUGCGUUCAUGCAUCCGCAAUUCCAGACAGAUGUCACGAAGCCAAUGCUCAUUGACCAGAUCGCAGACCACGAGGUGCAGACUCUCAGCGGCGGUGAGCUACAAAGAGUCGCGCUGGUACUUUCUCUCGGCAAGCCGGUCGCAGUCUUAAAAAAAGGCUGUGCUGGGCUUGCUCUUACCGAGGUGUGCUACGAGGGAGGUUGUUUUCGCUUGUUCAGUUUCUUGAGGCUCGAAACGAUGGUUUUCCUCGAAGGCAUGUAG